CAGAAAAUGUUUACUUUUAUCAACGUUUAACGAUGUACAAUAUAUUCGACUUUGACAUGGUAAGAAACAUUUCUGUUUGAUGUUCAUUGUCAAUUUUUCAUAUCUUGACAAGAACAUGGAAUUUAAAGUACAUUUAACACUGAGAUCGUCAACUACGGAGAUCAACCUCUCGGCGAUGUUAUUCAGUCUUGCACUCAACAUGCGAUAAAAUGGCAGAGCAAGAAAACGACGAAGAUGUGUGGGACUCGUGGGAAGAUAUGGCUGACUCUGGGGAAUUGGAAAGGCGAAUGGAAGAAAGGGAAAAAGAACAUAUGAGAUUACGAGAUGAAAUUGACAAAAAAUUGUUUGACCCUGGUGUUCGGGUGUUGCUUGAUGAUGACUCAAACAGAACAAGAUAUAUUCCGCAGGUGCGUAUUUUGCGUAGAGAUCCCAAAGAAAGCCCAGCUAUCAACAGCACUUCACCUAGUGGUGAAAGUAGCAACAAGAAAAUCCACAAGACUUUAGCACAACGAGAAAAGGAAUAUGCAGAUGCACGGGCAAGGAUUCUCGGGGAGGAGGCCGCAGAUGGCAGUGAAGACGAAACAUGCAAUGAAAUGAAAAUCAAGACUGAUGAAAAGCUUCCAGAUAACAUUAUUCGUCAACCAAGGGGUCCAGAUGGCACAAAUGGAUUUGCAUUAAAAAGAUGAUAGCUGACCAUCAGACGAAUGCGUGUAGGAGGCCAGAAAAGCUUUGAGCACAUUUCAUUUGCGUUUCGUGUGGUUUUCGAUUACGAUGCACAAUGCUCUUGGUUGGAUUGAAAAUGGGAAGCCGAUUUCGGUGCAGCAGAAAGAAAAACAGCGCCGCUCGGUGCAAAGAAGCAAAAGGAAGAACGUCGAAAUCUUUCGAAAGGAAGAUGUCAAUAGGCUGUUGCAAACAGUACAUUGCAGUAAAUAAAUGAUUUGUGAAAGAGAUAAGUUAGUAAAAUAAUAUCAAACGUCGGCGAUGGUUGCAUAUCCGUUUUCGGCCAAAAUUUGUGGUGAACAUUUUACUAAAAACCUUGGACUUGCGAGUUGGACUUGAUCAAUUUGUGUAAACUUAAGGCUUAUUGCAUGGAACGUUUUUCUAUCCGAGGGUUGAACUCAACCUUAUCAUAAAUCCUUUUUAUAUAACGAUAGGGCAAGAUAACAUGACAAUAUUUCGACAUAGGGCUGAGUUCAUCCCGGGGUUGAGACUUCAACUUUGUUUGAGCUACUAGAGCUGAAAUUUCACCUACACAAUGAGGCUGCUUACAUGACCCAAACUAGCCAUGAUUCAGCGAAACGUUAAAUGAUUUUGGCAAAUUAAAACGACGCAAUAUUUUGCUAUGUUUUUAUACUGUAAUAAAACUUGCGUGAAUGAAUACACCAUUACGCCCAUAAAUACUAUAUAAAAUCUGCUUGAGCAUUUUACAAGCAUUUAGCACUUCAUAAACAUACACCACAAAGACUAUUUUGUAUCAAUUUAAAAAUUACUGCAGGAAUUAGUAUAUGUAUAAAUACAUAAAAUUACUUCUACUUAUGGUGCUUAACAAAGUUCCAUUUUUUACGCUAGAAGUUUCGACUCCAUUCAACGCCUCAAAAUAGCUUCACGCCUCGCUGAAUUCCGGUUAACCGGGAUCAUAUAAGCAGCCUCUAACCUAGGGGUUCAAUUAAUCAACCCAUCGCGAAUCUUAUUGGGAAUCCAAAAUAUAUAUACACAGUGUUUGGGUUGGGUGGGGGGAGGUGGUGAUUUUAAACCUUGUAAAUGGUAUGUAAAAAUGCAAUACUUAAUAUUUUAAAAUCA